AUGGGGUUGGAUCUGCAUGCCGUUGUUUAUUGCACUGACUGUAUGGAUUUUCUUUGUCAAACUUGUUGGGGUGCUCAUCAAAGAGUUAAAGCUACUCAAUCUCAUUUAUCAUUCACCUUAGAAAAAGCACGGACUAUGCCAAGAGGGGAUCUGUUAAACCUCCUCCCAUCCAUAUCUCUCUCAUGUCAUGUUCACCCUCGUCAAGAGCUUGACUUCUACUGUAUCCAGUGUUCUAUACCUGUUUGUGUUAAAUGCACUAUCAUCAGUCACAGAGACCAUGCUGUUUCUGAAGCCAAACCACAAGCAGUAAAGACAAAAGAAGAGCUUACUAAAGUGAUGACUGCUGUUCAUGAAAGUAAGGAGAAGCUGAAAGCAGUUCUGAAUACAGGAGAAAUAGCAAAAGAGAAGAUAAGAAAACAGAAGGAGGAAGUUGACUUGCUUAUAUACCAAAGUAUUGCUAGUCUUCAAAAGUUGCUGGAAGGUAGAGAAAAAUCAUUAAUAGAAAAAAGCAAUGAAGUUUCAAUGGCUAUGCAAGCCCGUCUCUCUCACCAGCUUGAUACUUUCAAGUCUUUAAUGGAAGACAUGGCAGCAUGUCAAAAUUUAUCAUUGACUGCUGUCAGAGAUUAUGGUGACGUAGAAUUACUUUCUAUUGCUCGUACACUCCAGACCAGAGCCACUGAGCUACAGGAGAAGUUCUCUGGUACAUCACUCAAGCUUUGUGAGAGCCCACCUGUUAAUGUUGAGAUGAAUGUAAGUAAAAUUGCAUCAGGUAUAGCAUCACUUGGUAAAGUUAAUGGGAUAGAUCCCAUUUGUCCUGAGGAGACUACAGCUGAGAUACCAUCAUGUAUUCAUGUGGCCGGUAAAGAGAUACGAGUUAACGUAAUAUCAAGAGAUUCUUUUGGUAUGAGAUUAAACAAAGGAGGAGCUAGUGUUACUGGUCAAAUCACAUGUAGAGGAGGAGGAGAAAAGAAGCCUGUUUCUGCUACUAUUAUUGAUUCUGGCAAUGGUACUUACACUGUCUCUUUUGUUCCUCAACAAUAUGGGCAACAGAAAAUUUCCAUUUUGCUUAAUGGUACACCAAUCAGAAAUAGUCCAUUUAAUCUGUACAUCAGCCGAGACUAUAUGUCCACUCUGAAGGCGCCAUUAUUUACUAUACCAGAUAUACCUUCACCUUAUUUCAUAGCAAUAGCAGAUAAUGGAGAUGUAUUUGUUACUAGUAACACUCACCAUUGUGUCUAUGUCUUUAAUAGUAAUAGAGAGUACCAGAGGGCAAUAGGAUCAAAAGGGAAAGGUCAGUUACAAUUCCAGCAACCUGCAGGCAUAGCAAUCAGCGGUAAUACAGUCUAUGUAGCUGAGAAUAAUGGCAAUAGAAUACACAGGUUUACUAGGAAAGGAGAAUUUAUUGACACAUUUGGCUGUGAAGGCUCAGGGAAAGGACAACUGAAAUAUCCAUGGGGCAUAUGCAUAGACAAUGAUGGGAAACUGUAUGUUACUGAAUAUGGUAAUGACCGAAUUCAAGUAUUUCAUCAAAAUGGCAGUCACUCUCACUUCAUUCUUGCUACCAUAAAUGGAGAGCACAAGUUUAAGCAACCAGAAGAUGUGGCCAUUGAUUCGAAUGGUCACCUUCAUAUUACUGGCCAUAGUUCAAACAAUGUCGCUGUAUUUACACUGGGUGGAAUAUUUAUGAAUAGCUACCCAAUUAAACAUGGACCAUGUGGAAUAGCUUUUGAUCCAGCUGGUUAUUCUAUUAUUAGUAUGAAUGCGGGGCCAUCAAAAAUUGGUGUAUUCGAUUCAUCUUACCAUUCAGUUGUGUCAACUGAUAGGAAUUUGUGUAGUUUGAGAGGGAUAGUAGUUGCUUUUGAUGGAUCAAUAUGGGUUGCUGAAGAUGGAAAGAAUAGACUUUUAAUUUUUUAA